AUGAAUAAAAAAAGUUCAAAUUGUUGUAAACAGGAAGAAUCAAUGAUUUUAGAACAAUCAUCAUUGGAAUUUGGUGAAAUGGCCAUGAAUGGAGAGUCUAGUACUCUUGAUCAUAUUAUAAUUCAAGGUUCAGAAGGCCAAGAUCUUACGAUUUCAGAUUCUCGUGAUAUUUCAUGUUCAGAAUCGGAAGAUGACAAUUAUACGUUAUUACAUGAUUCAAUUCAAACAAAGAAAGUAUAUAAAUGGAUUUUUCGAUACUUUAAGAUAAAAAAUAUUAUAAAUUAUAUUAAGACAAGACAGAAUAUUUUUAAUUCUAAACAAACAAGUACACCUUUUCCUACAGUAGAACCAAUAUUUAAUGAUGAAUGUCAAAAGAUUAUGAGAAAAAAAGGAAAUACAUUUAAAAGCAUACUUGGAGUUUUUGAUUUUCGAAAUAAAAGAUUUGCAACAUUCUUUAAUAAACAGUCAUUUCAUAAUACGAAUUCGAAUUACCGAGUGAUAAAUUUUAAUAAUAACUUAAAAAAUACAUCUUACAACUAUUGCAGCAACUAUGUGUCUACUACAAAAUACAAUAUCGCGACAUUUCUUCCAAAGUUUUUAUUUGAGCAAUUUUCAAAAUAUGCAAAUCUUUUCUUCCUUUUUACAUCAUGCAUACAACAAAUCCGAAAUAUUUCUCCUACCAAUCGCUGGACGACAAUCGUACCCUUAUUAAUUGUACUUAUUGUUUCUGCAUUCAAAGAACUAGUAGAAGAUUUUAAACGACGCUUACAAGAUAAAGAACUAAAUCAAUCGUUAACCUAUGUUUUUGAAAAAAUGUCUUUUAUUCCUCGUAAAUGGUAUGAUCUCCAUGUAGGCGAUAUUGUUCGUGUUGAAUCUGGUCAAAUAUUUCCAGCAGAUCUUAUUCUUAUUUCAUCAUCAGAACCAGAAGGUCUCUGUUAUAUUGAAACAUCUAAUCUUGAUGGGGAAACAAACUUAAAAAUUAAGCAAUCACAUCCAGAAACAGCAAAUUUUAUAUCACCUACCAAAAUUUCCCAGCUAUCAGGAGAAAUACAUUCAGAACAACCCAAUAAUAAUCUUUAUAGUUUCGAAGCUACAAUCAUUAUCAACACAGAUAUAGAAAAAAAGGAAUAUCCGUUAACUGAAGAUCAACUACUUUUGCGAGGAGCAUUCCUUCGAAAUACAUCAUGGAUCUAUGGCAUUGUUGUUUUUACAGGACAUGAAACAAAGUUAAUGAAAAAUACUACGUCUUCUUGUAUAAAACAAACAGCAGUAGAGAAAACCGUCAAUAUUCAAAUCAUUUUCCUUUUCUGUAUGCUCAUCACUCUUUCAUUAAUAUCAUCCAUUGGCUUAGUUAUUAAAGAGAAUCUUCAUCAAAAAAAUUUAAGCUAUCUUCACUUUCAAGAAAAAAACAAAAUGAAAGCAUUCUUCUCAAAUAUUUUAACGUUCUGUGUUUUAUAUUCAAAUCUCGUUCCUAUUAGUCUUUUCGUAACAAUUGAACUUGUCAAAUAUGCUCAAGCACAGCUUAUUAAUAAUGAUAUAGAUAUGUAUUAUGAGCGUGAAGAUAUUCCAUCUACUUGUAGAACUUCUAAUUUAGUUGAAGAGCUGGGACAGGUGGAAUACAUUUUUACAGACAAAACAGGUACUCUUACAUGCAAUCAAAUGGAAUUUCGUCAACUCUCAAUUGCCGGUAUAUCUUAUAUGGAUAAUUCAAAGAAAAAACAAAGUCUUAAUUCCUAUCAAAAAAACGACGUUUUUGAUUUUAUACAAUUAAACAAAAACCUUGUUUCACAUGAAUCGAAAGACAUUAUCCAUAACGUUCUUGUUUUGCUUGCUACUUGUCAUACAGUUAUUCCAGAGAAAGUUGAUGGGCAAGAUGAUAUCAUAUAUCAAGCAGCAUCACCAGAUGAAGGUGCUUUAGUAAAGGGUGCAUCAAAAUUAGGAUACAUAUUUACAACCCGUCGUCCUAAAUCUGUUUUUGUAUCUAUUCAAGGGGAAGAACAAGAAUUUAAAGUUUUAAAUAUUUGCGAAUUUAAUUCAGCUAGAAAAAGGAUGUCUGUAAUCCUUCGUUGUCCAGAUGGUAAAAUUAGACUUUAUUGUAAAGGUGCAGAUACAGUAAUUUUAGAGAGAUUGUCGAAAAACAGUUUAUAUAGUGAGCAAACAUUACAACAUUUAGAAGAUUAUGCCGUAGGAGGCCUUAGAACAUUAUGUUUAGCCAUGAGAGAAAUUUCGGAAAAAGAAUAUGAAAAAUGGGCAGUUAUUUAUGAUGAAGCAACAAUUACUAUUAACAACCGUACCGAUGCAUUGGAUAAAGCAUCUGAGCUAAUAGAAAAAGAACUUCUUCUUUUAGGAGCUACUGCUAUUGAAGAUAAGCUUCAAGAGGGAGUCCCAGAAACCAUUCACACACUUCAACUAGCAGGAAUUAAGUUAUGGGUUCUUACUGGAGAUCAUCAAGAAACAGCUAUAAAUGUUGGAAUAAGCUGUAAGCUUAUCACUGAGGACAUGAAUAUUAUUAUUAUAAAUGGAAGAAAUAAAAAAGAAAUCUCAAAUUAUAUAACUAAAAAGUUAGCGUAUGUCAAAAAUAGACAAGCUAAUAAAGCUAGACUAGAAGCUUUAGCUUUGAUUAUUGACGGUCAUUCAUUAACAUAUGCUUUAGAAAAGGAUAUUGAAAAAAAAUUUAUUAAUCUUUCUAUAUUGUGCAAAACAGUAAUAUGUUGCAGAGCAACACCUUUACAAAAAGCAUUAAUCGUAACACUUAUUAAAAAACAUUUAAAAGCAACACUUUUGGCUAUUGGAGAUGGUUCAAAUGAUAUAUCAAUGAUACAAUCCGCUAAUAUAGGAAUUGGCAUAAGUGGCACAGAGGGUUUACAGGCUGCUCGAAGCGCAGAUAUUGCAAUUGGACAAUUUCGGUAUUUAAAGAAACUACUAUUGGUUCAUGGUACAUGGAGUUAUCAACGAUUAAGUAAAUUAAUUCUUUAUUCUUUUUAUAAAAACAUUUCUCUUCAUAUGACUCAAUUUUGGUAUACAUUUCAUAAUGGGUUUUCUGGUCAAGUCAUAUUUGAAUCAUGGACCAUAUCUUUCUAUAAUGUAUUUUUUACGUUUCUUCCUCCAAUAGCAAUUGGAAUAUUUGACCAAUUUCUAAGUGCAAAACUACUAAGUAAAUAUCCACAGCUUUACAGACUUGGUCAAUUUAAAACUUUUUUUAACGUAAAGAAUUUUUGGCUGUGGAUAGCCAAUGGUUUCUACCAUUCACUUAUCCUUUAUUUCAUGUCAAUAUAUAUAUUUGAGAAUGAUUUACCACAGGCCGAUGGAAAAAUUGGAGGUCAUUGGGUUUGGGGAACAACACUUUAUGCAGCUGUUCUUGCUACAGUAUUAGGAAAAGCAGCCUUAAUUACAGAUUCAUGGACAACAUAUACUGUUCUAGCAAUACCAGGAUCGUUCAUUAUAUGGAUAAUAUUUUUACCUAUAUAUGCCAUUGUUGCACCAAAAAUAGGUGUUUCUAUGGAAUAUCAUGGAAUUAAUUCACGUUUAUAUACAUCACUGGUAUUCUGGGCUACUAUUUUAGUCCUCCCAAUAUUAUGUUUAUUGCGUGAUUUUGCAUGGAAAUAUUAUAAACGAACUUAUUGUCCACAGACUUAUCAUUACAUCCAGGAAAUUCAGAAAUUUAACACUAUAGAUUAUAAAUCAAAAAUGGAACUAUUCCAAAAAACAGUUAGAAAAGUAAGAAAUGUUCAAAGAAUAAGCAAAUUGCAAAGAGGAUAUGCUUUUAGCCAGGGAGAUACUGGCCAAACAAAACUUAUACGUGCAUAUGAUACUACUCAAGAGAGAGGUCAAUACGGAGAAGUUAAAUACCAAUGUCAGACUAAAUAGUAAAAAAUAUUAUACAUACUAAUGUUAAUUAUAAUAAUCAUAUUUCAAAAUAUCAGAUAUGUUUUAAUCAUUAUACGCUGUAAAGCAUAAUGUUGCAUUAGUUCCUCCAAAACCAAAACUAUUAGUUAAUGCAAUUUUUAUUUUUCUUUCUUGAGCAUACAAUGGUACAUAAUUACAAUUAAAUUCUUCUGAAGGUUCUCCUGGAUUUUCUAAAUUUAAUGUAGGUGGCAAUACCCCCUAUUAAUAUGUAAAAAAGCAUUAAAAGAUAGAAUAUUACAUGAUAAAUAGCUAAUAUAGUAAAAACAGAUUCAACUGCACCAGCAGCACCGAGCAUAUGUCCUAUAGCACCUUUCGUACUUGAUACAUUAAUUUCUUUAGCAUUUGACUUUCCAUUAGGCCCUAGCAUAACACAUUUAAUAGCUUUGUUUUCUACCAUAUCACCUAAUGGCGUAGACGUAGCAUGUGCAUUUAUAUAAUCAACAUCUGAAGGAUUUAUACGAGCAUGUUUUAAAGCAUUCCUCAUAGAAAGCUGAGGACCCAAUCCGUCUUGUGAGGGACUUGUAAUAUGAUAUGCAUCACAAGACAAUCCAUAUCCUCGUAAUUCAGCAUAAAUUCUAGCACCACGAGCACGAGCAUGCUCCAAUUCCUGAAAUAAUUAUAAAUGAAGAAAAAAUUAUAUUUAUGCCUCUAAAACAACAAUCCCAGAGCCCUCACCAAUAACGAAUCCACAACGGUCUCUAUCAAAUGGUCUAGACGACUUUGAUGGCAUGUCAUUAUAUUUUGUCGCAAGACUUUUGAUUCUUUAUUUAAUUAAGAAAAUAUUCUAACAAAAAAAAAGCAAAUUAAUUACCUAGAAAAUCCAGCAAUUGCUAAUGGAUGUAUUGGCGCCUCAGAACCUCCAGCAACCAUAAUAUCAGCAUCUCCAUAUUGAAUAAAUCGAAAUGCGUCUCCAAUAGCAUGAUUUCCAGUACUGCAUGCAGUUGAACAUGCAUGAUUAGGCCCCUAAAAACAGUAAGAAGUUAUCUAGCUUCAAAAUUACAAUAUUUAUUACACGAAACCCAUAUUUUAUUGCCAAAUAACCCGCCGCCAUAUUCACCAAAAUUUUUGGAAUAAAAAGCGGCACAACCUUCUUCCA